AUGGGCAAAACCAUCACUUUGGAAGUUGAAAGCUCCGAUACCAUUGGUAAAGUGAAGGCCAAUAUUCAGGAUAUAGAAGGGAUUCCAUCGGAUAAUCAGCUUUUAGUCAUUGCUAAGAAGAACCUCGAGGGUCCUAGAACUUUGGCAGACUAUAACAUCGAAAAAGAAUCUACAUUGCACCUGAGUAUGAGAUUAGGAGGAAAUAUGCUUAUUUAUUUUGAGACUUCGUUUGGGAAGACCUUCUCACUGCUGGCAGAGAGCUCAGAGACCAUUGGUAACCUGAAGGAAAAGAUUUAUAUCAGAGAGGGGAUUCCAAUGAUUGAACAGCGUUUGAUCGUUGUCGGAAAGCAAUGUCAUCCGAUUUUCGUUAAGACAUUAGCAGGGAAGAUCAUCACACUGGUGGCGUCUAUGUCAGAGACCAUUGGUAAUGUGAAAGAAAGUAUUCAGGACAAAGAGGGGAUUCCAAGGCAUCACCAGCUUUUGAUGAUUGAUGGAGAGAACCUGCAAGAUGAUUUUACUUUAAGGGAUUAUGACAUCGAACAGGGAUCUACACUGGAUCUGGUGCUGUGGUUGGAAGGAGGAAAGAUUCAAGACAUAGAGGGGAUUCCAUUGAUUCACCAGCGUUUGAUUAUUGCUGGAAAGAAACUGGAAGAUGAUUUGACUUUGAGGGAUCAUAACAUUCAACAAGGAUCUACAUUGGAUUUGAUUGUGAGGUUGCGUGGCGUUAAACUUUUAGUUAAGACUUUGACAGGGAAGACAUUCACACUGGAAGUGGAGAGCUCGGAUACAGUUGAAUAUGUGAAGUCGAAGAUUUCAGAGAUGGAAGACAUUCCGUGUGAUCAGUUCAGACUUGCAUCAUCUUCUGGGAAGCCGCUAAAAGAUGGUCGGACUCUUGCUUAUUAUGAUGAUCAUACUUGUAAGCCAUUUACUGUGCACCUUGCCUGCGUCUUUUAG